AUGCCACCAGUGAUACAUUGUGUCCGCCAUGGACAGGGCUUUCACAACGUUGGUGCCGGAUGCUACACUCUUCCUGAUCCUCACCUGACUCCCUUGGGCGAAGAGCAGAGUAUGGCCUUGCGUAAGACGGCUUUCUCAGAUCAGUCAAAGCUGUCUCUCAUCCUUGCCUCUCCGCUCUGCCGAACACUCCAAUCUGCCUACCUCAUGUUUCAACCAGCCCUCACGGCUGGCGGCAAGUGUCACCCCGAGAUCAUUGCCAUCCCUAACGCUCAGGAAACUUCGGAUGACCCUUGCGACGUUGGAACCGAUCCAACAGUCCUCUACGGAGUGGUAGCCGAGAAGAAGUGGCCCGUCGACCUCUCUCUAGUCAAGGACGGCUGGAACGUGAAAGCUUUGGGGACUCGAUACAGCCCACAGAGCAACGCGAUAGCAGCCCGCGCCCGCGACGCCCGCAUUUUUAUCCGACACAAGAUUCGCCAGCUGAUUGAGCAGGGCGAUGCGGACCCCCAAGUUGUGCUCGUCACACACGGGGGCUUCCUGCACUACUUCAUCGACGAUUGGGAGGACUCGUGGCUGAACCCUGGGACGGGAUGGCAGAACUGCGAGGCUCGGUCUUACGUAUUCAAGAACGACGUGGUGGGCGAUGCGGAUGUGGAGGCCAGGCUCACCGAGACGAUGGAGAGUCGGCUGGGGAGGGGAAAGAUUAGUCCCAUGCCGGCUGAGGCAGAGCAGGCGGUGCUGUUUGAGCAGGCGAUGGAGAAUUGGGAAAAUCAGGGGCUGCAAAGGCCCGAUAGAAUAGUGCCAGAUCUCUGCGCGGGGGUCAUUGCAUGA